AUGUCGCUACCUGGCCUCAACUUCUCAACAACUGAGACAAACACUACAGAAUCCACUCAUACCAUCGACCUCAAACCAGAGACGGAAUGGAGAUACGAAGUGGCCAUCGGGGGAACCUUACAUGUCACGCUGAAAUCUGGAACCGCUGAAAUCUUCGGUACAGAGCUGCCACCUAACAAGGAGCUCAGUAUCCAAGGAAAAGGAAGCAUUUACACAUGGCAGGGCUGCCAGUUCGUAUACACGGCAAUUGCAGGACCCAAGGGAUUGAUGUCUGAUUACACAACCGAAGACACUCCCCACAUGACCAUGGCUAUCAACCUGCACUUUGCUCUGGAGAAGAUGCGGAAUGAGGCUGAACAGAAGCCCAAGGACGUUGCUGGACCUAGAGUUCUCAUUGCUGGACCCCCCAACUCGGGCAAAACCUCCCUGGCUAAGAUUUUGUUAGCCUAUGCUACAAAAUGUGAUCGAAAGCCCAUAUAUAUUUCUUUGGAUCCUACUUCGGUGAACCUGGGACCUCCUGGAGGAGUGCAUGCUGUCCAAAUUACAGAUCUGCUAGAUGUGGAAACAUAUGGAGGAUUCGGAUCAUCGGAAAUUUCAGGCCCUCAGAAACUACAGCCUCUUAUUUUGCUCUCCAAGUACUUUGGACUUGAGAAGACUACGGAUAACUUCAAGCUCUUCAAGCGGUCUGUGGCUCAGCUAGCAGUUCCCGUCCUGUCCAAACUUGCACACGACGUUGAGGCGCAAAAGUCUGGUCUCAUCAUCGACACUCCUCGAGUACCCGGCAACCAAAACAAAACAAUCGAAGUUAACCUGCUAACGGACGUGGUGAGCGACUUUGGAGUCAACGUCAUUGUCGUUAUUGGCAACGAUCGACUUUAUGCAGACCUCAUGAAGAAAUACCCAGUGGGAGCCUCCGGUCCCACAGUAGUUAAGGUACCAGCAUUUGCUUGCAUGGAUGACGAUGAGAGCUACAACCGAGAUGCCCAGCAACAGGAAAUUCAGCAGUAUUUUUAUGGAGAUGCUAAAGAUAUGAAACUUGGUCCACGAAUCGUCACUGUCGAUUUCUCUACUCUCCACGUUUACAAGAUCAAGCCUUCCACACAGUUUGACGAUGACAAGGCGGAUAUGCUGGAGAGGGUCGCAGAGGCCAACAUUCUACCAAACACAGUACUGACGGUCAUGCACGCUGUUCCUGGCUCGUCCGAAAAAGAGAUUCUCGACUCAGAGGUCCAAGGUUACCUUCACGUGACGGAGGUGGACGAGGAGAAGAACAAGGUGAAGAUUCUGACUCCUGUUCCUGGACGACUACCCUCCCAGGUCAUGCUUCUUGGUGAUACACGAUACCAUGAGUAA